AUGCAAUUGAAGAAAGAUAAACGACACAGCUGUUUAAAACUAUUCGCAGUAUUACUUAAUGUAAAUUCAUUUGAUACAGCCAUUAAAGUAAGGAACACCAUUAUGCAUAUUUAUGGUGAUCCAACAGCUGUUCGUACUAACGACUGUAUUCAACAAUUAAUUACAGUGAAGGAUACACUUCAGUUUGAUAUAGAUAAAUGUUUAGACGACGAAAAUGUAAUGAAAGAUAAUGACGAUAAGAUGGAAUUAGACAGUGUUGACGAAUUAUUAC